CAUAGACACUUUAGCACCUUACAUCUGUAUCAGUACUGUAUUUGUAGGGGCGUAAUUAAUUGUUAUUCCAUUACUCCAAUCCCUGUAAGGACAACGAAUUUAAUGAGUGCAAUAAAGUUUUUGUGCAUUUCUAGUUUUAAAUCUUUAUUAUUUAAGUGUUAUAAAUGUGCUUUUUUAUGAACUAACUGUAAAAAAACUAAUCAGCUUAUCAACCGGUUAAGAAAUUGUCAAAAGAUCAUUACUGUCAUGAAACAUUCUUUUCUGGUUUGUCAGACGUGAUUGUGAUCAUUCCUUUGAUACCGCGGCAGACUUUUGAAGAUGGAUGACUCGAAUGAAUCACAAAAGUGGCAGCAACAUCUAUCUCUUCUUAGAACUCAGUAUGUCAAUCUCUACACAUCUAACAAUGAACUUCAACAAAAAUAUGCAAUAGCUACAGCUUCAAAGCAGGAAUCUGGAUUUAUUGAAAGGUUAUUAGCGACUAUAGCAUCUCUUUAUGGGCAAAAGCAAUAUAGUGAUUUGACUAUAAAACUACCAAAUAAUGAAAUACCCGCACACAAAUUUGUAUUGAGUGCAAGAAGUGAUUUCUGGAAUGAGGCUUCACUAGCGAACAUAUCCGUUUUAGAUUGGAGUCAUUUGGAUGGUACAGCAGGAGCUAUCCUUCUAAAGUGGAUUUAUACGAGUGUAGUUGACAAAAAUAAUUUAACAUUAGAGCUGAUGAAAGCUGCAUCGUAUUUUCAGUUAAAAGAAUUAGUGGAACAAUGUGAAACAUAUUUGAUAGGAACUGUAAGUCUCAGAGAUUGCGUGACUCUCUACACAGCAGCUGAAGAAUUGGGAGCUGAAAAAUUAAGGAACUAUUGCAGUUCUUUAAUAUCUACACAUUGGGAAGACUUAACAGGAGAAGAUUUUAAAGAAAUGCCUGGACCACUUCUGUAUGAACUACUCAAGACUAAAAGUGAUUACCCACUUCAUUCAGCAGUCCGACUUGAACGGGAAGACGUAGUCUUUUUAUAUCUCGUAGAACACAAUGCUGAGCUCUCAACUGCAGUCAACGCUGUCGAUCACAAGGGACGAAGAGCUCUCGAAGUUGCACUCAAGUCACGUCAGCCAUCUCUAGCACGAACUUUAGUUGAACAUCAAGCCGAUUUGUGUGCUAAAGACUCCAAAGGCUUGACACUUUUACAGUCUGCUAUUUAUAAAGGCGAUUCGUAUGCGGCUGAGUUCAUUAUCGAACAGCUAGAGAACAGCGGUACUUCACAGCGAUUAUGUGACCCUUUGAGGUUGAAUGACAAAGACCUUGAUGAAACAUUCAAGUUAUUUGAAGGAUGUUCAGUUUUGCAUUUAGUUGCUAGACAUAAUACCCCUGACAUGAUCGCUGUGGCGACUAAGCUAUUGCAAGCAGGUAUUGAUGAGAAUUUGCAAGAUAAUCGAGGAUGGACUGCUUUACAUUGGAGUAUUGCAGAAAAGCAUGAACCAUUGUUUGAACUCCUAUUAGAUUCUAAGAAUAUUGAUUUAGAUGUUACCACCAACGAUGGUCAUACUCCACUUUCUUUUGCUCUUAAAGUUGAUCCAUAUCAAAAGACAUUCGCGGAGAAACUUUUAUCAAAAGGUGCAAUACCUAAUCCAAUUUAUUCUGGUACUCGAGAUACUUUGUUACAUAUUCUUGCAAGAGAAGGAAAGGAAGAGGCAGCUAUCUUUUUAGUGACACAUUCCAAGGAUGAUAAUUUAUCUAAAAAAUUCAACGCGGAAGGCUAUACGAUACUUCAUGAAAGUUGUAAAGCAGGUUUAGCUGAUUUAACUAAAUUGUUACUUGAGAAGGAUGAUUUAGGAUCAUGUACAACAGCUGUAACCAAGGAUACAGAGGAAGUACCACUUCAUUUAGCAGUAUCCAAUUUACAUUAUCCAGUAGUUGAAGCACUUUUGAAAUUUGCAAAGAAUCCUAAAGAUCAAUUGGAUUGCAAAGAUAAAGAAGGAGAAACACCUUUAAGUUUAGCAAUAAAAGCACCGCUGAAAAAAGGUCGAGAGAUAGUUGCAGCAUUAAUUAACGCAGGAGCUAAUAUUAAUGAAAAAAAUGAUAAAGGAUUAAGUUUACUUCAUCAAGCAAUUUUAAAAGAAGACUCAGCAACAGCAAUAUUUCUUCUAGAAAAUGGAGCAGACAUGAAUGAAAAAACAGCAGAAGGUGAAACACCUCUUCAAUUAAGUGUACAUUGUAGGCUUGGUGAAGUGGUGGAGGCUCUUUGCAGGCGAGGAGUCGAUACUUCUACUGGUUGCCCUCUUUGGGAUGCCUUGGACACAGACCAAGAAGAUACAGCAUCAAUUCUAGUUUCCCAUGGUGCUGAUACUGACUGUUGGAGUCCAGGACCAGAUGGAUGUCUUCAAACUCUGCUUCAUCGUGCAAUAGAUGAUAACAAAGAAGAAGUAGCGCAAUUUUUGAUACGUAGUGGAUGUGAUUUAAAUGCUCCAAGAAGACCGGGACCCAACGGCGAAGGUGGUGAUGAAGCUCGAGAUAAUUGUACACCUUUACAUUUAUGUUGCCAGUGGGGUCUUGAACAAGUAGUUCAGACUUUAGUGGAACACGGUGCUAAUGUGAACGCUAGAGAUUCCGAAGGAAAAACCCCUAUACAUAUAGCAAUUCAAAACCAACAUGCACAAAUUAUUUCCCUUCUUUUAUGUCAUCCUAAUUUAGAUCUAUCAUUAAGAGACAAAAAAGGUCUGAGUCCAUUUGCAACAGCGUUAACUGUACGAAACAAUAAAGCAGCUCAAGCAAUAUUAGAAAAACUUCCCAGUGCUGCAGAACAAUUUGACAACAAAGGUAGAAACUUCUUACACAUGGCUAUACAAAAAGAUGACAUGGAAAGUAUUCUUUUUUUGCUUUCCAUUCAAGUCGAUGUUAACUCCAGAGUUCAAGACGUUACACAGACACCACCACUCCACUUAGCCGUUGUUUCAGGCAACGAAAUGCUCGUACGUAGUUUAAUUUUAGCUGGUGCGAGGAUAAAUGAUACUGAUGCUCAUAGAAAUACUGCUCUACAUGCUGCUGCUGCUGCAGGUCAUGCUGCCGUUGUUUCUGCUUUACUUCAAAAUAAUAUAAACUUUGACGCAGUUAACACAGAUGGUGACAAUGCGUUGCAUGUAGCAGUGCGCAAAGGUCAUGUAGCUGUUGUAAGAACGUUGUUAACUGAAUGUACAUUGAAUGCAGAAACUGUGAAUUUAAAAGGGAGAAAUCCUCUUCAUGAACUCGCUAGAUCUAGUAGAGACAAUGCAGCGACAAUUUGUGAACUUUUUCUCGAAUGUAUGGAGCAGUAUCCCAUCAACAAUGCAGAUGCUGAUGGAAAUACACCCUUGUUAAUUGCAUAUAUGAAUGGCAAUGGAAAUCUCUGUAGGACUCUUGUAAAAGCUGGUGCAUGUCUUGGAUCUAUGAAUAAAGAUGGAAUCACAAUUUUCAAUUAUCAAGUUGCUACAAAACAAUUGUUAUAUCGAUUAUUGGAUUCAUUGACUCAAGAAGCUCCAUGGACAGAUAAAGAUAUUUGUUUGGAAUGUGGUACUAAAUUUACACUCACUAUGAGAAAGCAUCACUGCCGUCAUUGCGGUAGAAUAUUAUGUAACAAAUGCUCUGGUCAAGACGUGCCAAUACUCAAAUUUGGAUUAAAUAAACCAGUACGAGUUUGUGGAGUAUGUUUUGAUGUAUUACAAAUUGGAGCUAUGAACGGUAUGGAGAGACAUGGACAUGGGCACAGUCAUUCCCAUGCACAUCCACAUCAUCACCAUCAUCAUCAUCGGCAUCAUCACCAUCAUCAUUCAUCACCUGCAUCAUCUACGCCAAGUGCAAGUGGACAAGCAACGCCGCAAAAUUUUAAUCAACAGCCAAAGCAUGGUCAUGGACAUGCGAUUCAUCCGUCAAAGGAUCCUGCUGUUGUACCAGCACCUCCUCCACAAAAACUUAGAAAUUAUAAAUUACUCGUUGAUCCGUUUCUUACGAAAGGUGCUACAAAAUUAUAUAGAUAUGAUGGCGUUGUUCCUGGUGAUCCAACAUAUCCACCUGUUCACCUUCGUGAUCCACGAUCUCAAUUAACGCGAAUAUGGACACGAUUGGAACAGUUGGAUCUACCAGUUCCGCGAUUUAAAAUCGAUGCUAAUUAUUGUGGCGAACCACCACCACUAGAAGUGACGUUUUGCCAUCUAAACGACAAUAUAGACAGAACAUUUUUAACUGAUAUGGUUCAAAAGUUUGGUGCAGUGGAAGAACUUACGAUAUAUUAUCAUCCAGUGACAAACAAACACCUUGGUAUUGCUAGAGUUGUAUUUGAAACAACAAAAGCAGCAAAGGCAUGUGUAGAUAAAUUGAAUAAUACAUCUGUGAUGGGUAAAGUACUACGGGUAUUUUUGGAUGCAUUUGGUGAGGAAUGUAAAAAAACUUAUACAGAAUUGACAACGGAAAAGAAACCAGAGAAGAAAAUUGAAAAAGAAAUUAAAUCGGAAAUUGAUUCGGAAAAGCAUACGCCUAUUGAUAAAAUUGUUGAUGAUCGUGAUGAUUAUAGAAGUAAAAAAAGUUUAGUUUCAGAUAAAUCGAGAGUGGAUGGGUAUAUUGACAAUUCACGGUUUGGUAAUAAGUAUAGAGACUAUCCUACUCCUGGAGGUAGUACCGGUAGUGAUUUAGGAUAUGGGACAGCCCCUAGCGAAAUGAAUUUUUCGAGUAGUUAUUCUCAGAGUUCAACACCAGCUAGUUAUGAUUACUAUUAUUCUAGUUAUCAUCAUCAACCAAGUGGAUAUGUACCUGCUAUGCCAUCAGGACCCCCACCACUUCCUCCACCAGCCCCACCUAUGCCUACUCCUCCAGUUCAAGCGAAUUCUGGAGUUUGGUGGCCUGGUAAUUCUACUGGCUAUCCACCACCGGUAUGGCCUACACAUACAGUACCUCCUGUUACUGUUGAAAGUGUUCCACCAAUGUCUUCAUCGAAAAAUUCUAAUGCCAAAGUAUCUCAUCCUCCAACGAAAGAAAAAGAAAGUCAAUCAACAACACCGAAAACUGUGACACAAGAUUCUCCAGUUGAAACUCGUAAAACUCUCGAUUUAGAUACAAGAAUCGCUAUGUUAUUAAAAGAUAAAGCGGGUGGUAUGGCGCCACCUUUUCUUCAAUUUGGUAGUGAUUCUGAAGAUGAGAAAAAAUCGGAAGAAGAAGAACAAAUGUUAUCUGAUCCACCAAGUCCUUUUCUUUCAGCAGAAGUGUACAAAAGUUGUUUUGAACAAAAGACUGAGCGAGCAAAAGAACGUAGAAAAGCUCACGAAAACAAUAUUAAUCAAUUUUCUGUUGAUGAAGACCUCGGUAGUGUAAUUAGUUCAAGUGAAGAUGAAGCUCUUUUAGGAAGUUAUAGUCCAGCAGCAGUAGAUGGUGAACCAGAACCACCAAAAGAACCUCCACCACCACCCCCGCCUGACGACGAUCGCAUGUCACUGAGCCCUCUCAGUUCUGGUGAUGAAAAAAUAGAAGAAGUAAUUGCUCAAACAGAACCCAAUAAUCAAAUAUACGGAGGAGCUUCUUACCCUGGUCAUCUUACUCAUUAUCCACCACCAGCUGACAUGUAUGGUUGGCCAAGACCAACACAUUAUCCUUAUCCUUACGGAGCUCCAUAUAUGCCAACGCAAUACCAGUCAACCACAACUCUUACUGGUGGUGUUGGUUCCCAAGGUACAAAUUAUUAUCCCAAUUUUCAUUCAAGAUUUCAAGCAAUGGCUAAUCAUAAUAUCACAAAAGAUAAUCCUCAAGGCGCUACCAUUAACGGUGUCCUUGAACGUGUAGUGAAUGAAUUAAAGCAAAUAUUAAAGAAAGACUUUAAUAAAAAAAUGGUUGAAAAUACAGCAUUCAAACUUUUUGAAGUUUGGUGGGAUGAAAAGAAAAAUGAGAAGAGUCGAAUAAAUGAUGAAAGUACCACAGUGAACAAUACAACAAAGGAAGAAUCGAAACCAUUAUCAUCACUUCUUGAACAAGCAACUCCUUUAGGUUUCAACUAUGAUGGUAUUGGUCUCGGCAUCCGAGCGAGUAUACCGAAGAUGCCUUCAUUUAGGCGGAAAGUUAAAGCUCCAAGUCCUCCGCCACAAGAUGAAGAUAGUCGGCAAUCAGAUCGAAUGGAUACUGAGCUUAUCGAUAGCGAUAGUGAUAUGGAUCUUUCUCCGGUUUCACCAUCUAAAGAAUCAAAACGAAAUCUUACUUUGCCAAGCAGUGCCUCGUCUACCUCCGCGUUGUCUUCAAAUGAAAGCUCAAGUUCCGGUCCCAGCAGUGAAUCUUCAGGUAGUUCCAGCGAUAGUUCUGACGAUGAAGAAGAAGCUGAUUCAGACAGCAGGCUUUCUGAUCAUCGAUUACUAGCAUGUAAUAGUAAAAAUCCUGAUAUUCUAAUGGAAUUAGCAAUUCAAAGAUCACUUAAUUGUCCAACACCUAGUGGUAGAGAAACCCCAAUUCCUGAAUUGGAGUUGGAUGAUGCUUCUGUUGAUUUCCCACAACUCAACAACGAUCCAAGUCCAUAUAGUUCUCCAAAGGCUGAACGUUCAGUUACACCAGUGACUAGUGUUACUAAUGUACCUAGUGCAGGGUCAGAAGUUAAGGAUGAACCAAAAGACAUCUCGAAGAUGGAAAAUUCUGCUGCAGAAGCAUUAAUGACUCUCGCUGGUCAUGAUAAUAUUAUAAGACACAAGAGUCCAGGUCCCAUUCAACCGAAUAUCAUUCGAUCUAUUCAAAACAUGUCUUCAAAAUAUAUCAAUAACGAGCCUAUCCUCAAAGAAUCUGAAAAGAUUGAAAUGUUUAGUGAAAUACCUACAUCAGAUUCAGAAGAAGAAAGCCUUGAAAUUAGAAGAUUAAGGUAUCAAGCAGAGACUGAAUUACGCUUGAAUGGACAGCGAAGUCCAAGUACUACUAGACCACAAGCUGCUCAAGUAUACAUAGAGCAUUCGUACUCUCUUCCACCUGCACAGGUUGAACCACCUCCCCCAACAACGUCCGUACUAUCAACUCCAGCUCCUGCUCCUCCGCAACCGCUGGCUAAACCUAAGGCUGUGAAACCGGCUAAAGUAGAAAAACCACAGGAAAAAACAGAAAAACGAAAAUACAAUAAAUAUUCCAAAUUAACGGCACAUCAGAAUCAUGUGAGAGAAAAAGAAAAUAUCAAUGAAUUUAUUAAUGAAAGACUGCCGAAGAAAUUGUCAGAAACACCACCUGUUACAUAUAAAGAAAGAGACAUUAUGACAGAGAUGGGAGUUCUUUAUGAGUUUCUUACCCGUGGUAUUGAUGCUGAAGAUAUCGAAUACCUACGUCGAAGUUACGAAGCACUGCUCGCUGACGAUAAUCAAGGCUAUUGGCUAAAUGAUACCCAUUGGGUAGAUCAUCCAGCCACAGAUAUUCCCAGUCCGGCAAAGAGAAGAAAAAGAGAUGAAAUAAGACUUCAUGCGACUGGAAGUGCCAGGACAGAAGGAUAUUAUAAAGUGGAUAUUAAAGAAAAAGCAAAACAUAAACAUCACUAUGCUCAAAGCAUACAACGUUCAAAUGAGAUAGAAUUGAGUGCUGGUGCUUAUGUUGGAGGUGACGGUAUGAGUAAUGGGCCUAAAGGCAUUUCGAAAGCUCUUACUGGAAAAAUGCAAGCUCUAUCCCGUGAAGCACGCAGCAAUCAACGUCGUUUACUUACUGCUUUUGGUAUUGAUACUGAUAGUGAUCUUCUCAAGUUUAAUCAAUUGAAGUUCCGUAAAAAACAACUUAAAUUCGCUAAAUCUGGGAUUCAUGACUGGGGUCUAUUUGCAAUGGAACCUAUAGCUGCCGAUGAAAUGGUCAUUGAAUAUGUAGGACAAAUGAUAAGGCCGAUUGUAGCGGAUCUUCGAGAAUCUCAAUAUGAGGCCACGGGUAUCGGAAGCUCUUACCUUUUCCGAAUUGAUCUGGAUACAAUCAUUGAUGCAACAAAGUGUGGAAACUUAGCACGGUUUAUCAACCAUAGUUGCAACCCCAAUUGUUAUGCUAAAGUUAUAACAAUUGAAAGCCAGAAAAAAAUUGUGAUCUACAGCAAACAACCAAUUGGUAUUAAUGAAGAAAUAACUUACGACUACAAGUUUCCACUUGAAGAAGAUAAGAUACCUUGCCUCUGUGGUGCACCACAGUGUCGUGGUACUCUUAAUUAA